AUGCCGCCCCGCCAGUGGAUCGACAAGAAAAAUGCGAGCACUUUCCAGCUCUUUCACCGUUCCCAAGCGGAUCCAUUGAUCCACGACCCCCAGGCUGAGGACCGAGUCCUGCACCAAGUCAGCGGUCCUGCUCCUCCUUCCUCUUCUGCGUCGACAUCCUCGCAGAAGCCCAUCCGACACCUCUCCGAACUCCAGUCUGAAUUCAAGAGCCAAGCGAUCCGCCGCAACGAGGGUGAAGCUGCCAACUAUGGCAUUUACUACGACGACUCCCGGUAUGAUUACAUGCAGCAUUUGCGCGAACUCGGCACCGGUGGUGGCGAUGCGCACUUUGUGGAGGCCAAGGUUGAGAAGGCCAAAGGAAAGGGCAUGAGAUUGGAGGAUGCUUUGCGCCAAGUCUCUCUGGACGACUCGCAAAGUGCGUACGGGUCGCAAUUCGGCGACUUGCGCUCGACUGCGUCGUCGUACGUUCGCAAGCCGACGUAUCAAGAUCAGCAGAACGUCCCUGAUGCGAUCGCUGGUUUCCAGCCAGACAUGGACCCUCGUCUGCGAGAGGCCCUGGAGGCUCUGGAAGAUGAAGAAUAUGUUGAUGAUGGCGACGAGGAUCUUUUCGGCGAGUUGACGAAGGGCGGAGAGGAGUUGGAGCAGGGUGAUUGGGAAGACACCCUAUUUGAUCACGACGAGUACGAUGAGGGAUGGGAGUCGGAUGCUACCGAGAAAGCGCCUGUGCAGCCCGACAGGACUGAUGCGCAGCGACAUACUGAGGAAGCGUCAUCAGAACAGGGUUCUAAGGAUCUCGAGCCUGGUGAGAUGCCGGGGCAUGAUGAGCCUGCUCCGGAUAUGCACCCCCAGGAUCAAGGAUGGAUGCAAGAGUUCGCCAAAUUCAAGAAGGAUGCCAAGUCCGGCAAGACUGCCGCGCCAGCUGCACCCACGAUUGCACCCUCCGAGCAACGUACUGUUGCUUCGACUGCGUUCACCGCUGGUGGUACUCCGAUUCGCCGCAAGAAGCGCAAGGGUGCUUUGACCAACCCCUCCGCCUACUCCAUGACUUCCUCUGCGCUGGCCCGUACCGAGGGCCACCGACUCUUGGAUGACCGGUUCGAAAAGGUCGAGGCUCUGUACUCCCUCGACGAGGAGGAUGAGUAUGAUGAUGGUAUGUCCAUGGUCAGUGGUAUGACUGGAGCCACCGGUAUGACUGGCAUGUCCAACGCCUCGUCCAUGGCGCCCAGCCUCGUGGACGGCAACGGCGCAGCGGUCUCGCGCAGCGAUUUCCACAACGUCAUGGAUGAUUUCCUUGCCGGCUGGGACGACAACACCAGUUCUCAAGCUAAGCGCAAGGGCACCAAGUAUAAGCGUGGCAAGAACGGCAACGAAGCCAUUGGUAUCCGCAUGCUUGAUGAAGUGCGUUCCGGUCUCGGUCCCGCUCGCUUCUCUGCUAGUGGUAACGGCCGGAAGGUGCCCGGACGAGCUUAG